AGCGCGGGGCGCAUAGGGAGCCAGAGCCUGGCGUCCGUCUGGUUGCUCUGGAGCCGAGUCGCGUGGCCGCCUGCCGGCUCGCCUCUUGCCAUGGGGAGCACCGAGAGCAGCGAGGCCCGCAGGGUGUCCUUCGGAAUGGACGAAGAGGAGCGGGUCCGGGUGCUGCAGGGCAUCCGGCUGUCCGAGAAUGUGGUUAAUCGCAUGAAGGAUCCCAACCAGCCUUGCAAAGCUGGGGAGCCAGCUCCGCCUCCUGCCCCUCCGCCUUCUACGCCUUCUACGGGUGGCUCCUCCAAAGGCCCCGAGAAAGACUCCAAACCGCCCAGGUCUGAGUAUGGUGGUGGCCGUCAGCCCUCGGGGGUGGAGGAGGAUUUCCUCAAGAGGUAUAAACAGGAGCAGGCCAAGGUCCAGGACGAGUUGUUCCAGGUGGUGACGAGGGAACGAGAGGCAGCCACCAAGCACAGGAGUGCGUCCAUGCAGCGGGGGGAGGGCAGCGUUGACCAGGACAAGCGGAAGUCAACCCAGCUGGCCAGGGAGCUGGAGAGCCGGGAGGCAGAGCUGAGCCGUCGUGACACCUUCUAUAAGGAGCAGCUGGGACGCCUCGAGAGGAAGGGGAACGGAUCCGUCAUGGUGGUCGUCAGAGUGGAAGCCCAGAUGGGCGUGUGGAUGAACAAGUCGUGGCCAUCAGCAGGGGUGCUGGUGAAUGUCAGCCACAGAAUGAAUGCCGAGAUGUACAAACUGUCUUCAGAGCAGUUCCAUGAGGCAGCUUCAAAAAUGGAGGGCACGAUAAAGCCCCGCCGGACAGAGCCUGUGUGCUCAGGGCUGCAGGCCCAGAUCCUCCGCUGCUACCGUGACCACCUACAAGAAGUACUCCUGUGCUCGGACCUGGUCAAGGCUUACCAGCACUGCGUGAGCACCGCCCACAAGGGUUGAGGAGCAGGCCUCCAUCCUGGCCCUGGCGGUGACUUGGAGCUCUGAAGAAGGAACCAGUGAUGGGACCACAGUCCGCAGACCCCUGGGCCACAGCCAUUUUCUCCUGGGUGCCUAUGGAUGUCUCUGUGCUUGGGGCUGCCGUGUGUUUGGGAAGUAGAGGAUGUGCUACUGUCCGAAAACAAAUAAAGCAAAUGUCUUUGUUUUCAGUCA